AUGGUCUUUGCCGUAUGGACCAAAUUUUCCAUGAUCCAGCGCAGGCAGACUUUCAACGUAUUCUUCCUGCGCCUCCUUGAUGGCGAGGUGUGGCGUCGACGCUUUCGAUGCCGUCUGCUAGUGCCUACGACGAACAGGUCAGUUGAGAAGACGAAUACCUGCGUGUGGAGACCCGCCUAAGGGCAUGGUCGCACUCGAGUCACUGCGAUCGGUAUCCGACUUCUGAAAUGGAGGGAUUGUUAUUUAAGUCGCAGUCCUACUGAAGACGAGGAGAGUAGAGGGAAGGUCCACAUCCACCCUUCUUUUCAUACGGAUUUUUGGCCGAUCGUUUCGGCUGCUUCGCUCUACUUUCUUCCUCGCUGCUGGACAUAGCAAUCUGCAACCCAGCAGGACAAUAGGGUUAGGAGAGUCAAGUCUUUGCAAAAACUCACUGUCUCUCUUCAUCACUGUCCACGAAACGGUAGGUGAGGGACUGUUGGGUUGCAGAUUUCGUGCAUACACAUGUGAACCGCACAGAGGGCAUAAAAUACCCUCUUCACGAAAUCAUCGGUGUUACGUCCACCGAUGCAUACCAGGAUGUUCGUCUAUGUUAUAAAAUCCGUUAAGCCUUGGUCAUGCAGUCCACUAUUGACCUCCAGGAAGUCGGACUUAGUACAAAUGGGCCGCUUUACGGGGUUAGAAGGGAACGCGGCCUCCUGGGGCAGGCUCACCGGAACAGGUUUAUUUAGAUGCUGACGUUUCGAAGAACUUGGCUGGCUUUCCGUUGUCAAAGCGUAAAAUGCACUUAAUCGACUAGAAAUCCCAAAUGGCGUGUCACGUUGGUCGGCCUCGUGCUGAUCGAUUUUUCUCUCCUCUCGGGGGAGGUUGAGGGGCGUUUUUUGUCUGCGUGCUUUUUGAGUCACCACUCCGCCGGGGUGAGGUGAUUGAACUAGUGUGGGAUAGUCGGUCUGGCGGUUCUUGUUCUUCUUCACCAAAUUGAGAGUUUGGGUCUGACCUUCGAGUAGCCAAUUUGUGCUCUUGUAAGCGAGUUUGCAAUUUCCGCCCGGUUUCUUCCACAUAGUUGCAGUCGCCCUCAUUGCAGUUUAUUUUGUAGAUAUCUGCUGAGGUUUCGGCGGGUGGCAAUCGGUCCUUAGCGUGCAUCAGGCGGCGUUGAAUUGUUGCAUGGGGUCGGUGGGCUAUGCCUACUCUGGCAGGUUGUAAUAAUCGAGAGACCGCCUCAGAGACCUCACCGCCUGAUAUUUGCAUGGAAGAGACACGUAACUGGUCAGUUAGUUGCUUUUAAAGUCCUAAAUGAACUUGUCUUCAAUACAAACGUUAAUAGUGAACGAGUGAAGGUAAGUUGUUGCAAACUGUAUGUGCAUAUGUAAAUAGUAAAACAAGGGUAGUUAAACAGGGAAAUCCAUGUCACAUAUCGAAUCGGCGGUUCAACAAAGCGGAUUGACCCACGUGCCACGGCCAUCACGAAGUGCCUACAAAAAGCAAUAAGCGAUUAAAACAAGUGUGUGUCCUUCAGACCUGCUGGGUUGUUGCAAUACAAGCUGUCGGACUGGGGUCGGAGGGAUGGACUGUUGUUUGCCCUCGACCGAAAAAUCCAUCAGCUGGGCGGCAAACAUCAGAGCCGACAGCGUUCCCUUUUGAACGAGAAAAGACUGGAAAGCUGGAGCCCGCGGAUGCAACUGCUCCGGAAGACGAAUUCAGCGGAUUCGACUCUGUAAACUCUUAAAGUGAGUUGAGGGAUAAUUCACCGUAAUGUUACCGUUAGUCUCUAAAUUAACCCCAAUGGCCACUGAGUUGACAGAAACAAAAAAUUGGGUAUUUGGCCGCAUUUGCCAGAGAAGUAAAUAAGACUUCGCAGUGGCCACUGCGCCGCUGGUCAUCAAGUGAGUGGGUUAGAGGUGUAAAUAUUUUACAACAGGCUUGGUCGGAGAAUACGCUGCAUUUGAUCACUCAACGCCUCGAAGAGUUCGCCCAUUUGAUCACCAGCCAAAUACCUCAGUAUUUGGAGGUGCAGACGACGCACCCUACGGUCUACGGUCAGGGGCGUUCUCCUUGCACUGCAUCAUGUGCUUAUAUCAACCAUGUCGUAAAAUAAAGUAUUUUCUUCUUUUCUGGGACAGCCAGCCGUCGUCAUUCAUCAAUAACCGGAAAAUCUAAUGAGUGAAAGUGUCAAAUCCAAGUAACGGAAAAUUGGUCACCUUUUCUCGCACCCGAACUGCAAGACACAAAGAAAAACCGCCCUUCCGUCCAUUCCAACGGGAAUCCCGCCCUCGGUCCUAUCUGUUUGAAGCAUUCCUGUUCUUCAACUUUUGUUACGUAGUUAUAAGAUCAGGGAAGGUUGAACAACGCCGCUUACGCUAGAAUUCCGUUGUCCAAUUCUCGACAGGAUGUGGUCGGUUUACGUUAAAGAAGACUACAAUGGGGAUAGAAGAUCUACGACCAGUUGGGCGUAAACUUUAUCCUUCCUGUGAAUUUUUGAGCAUAAAUGUUGUUGGGCGGGGGACCAAUCAGUAUAAAGCGAGUUUGUACGAAUUUGCAACACCCAUUUGCAAAGCAUUAUUCGGGUUCGCAGGAUGUGUAGGUUGCGUGUUCGUAUCACGUCGGGGUCACCAGUUUGUUGCAGUUACAGCUGAUCUUACAUCUCUGACCGCCACAGGUCUCAACGGCCACCGCGCCGUGCCUUUAGGCCCAACGAAACGAAGGACAGCACUACUGUAUUGAGAUAUUUCCACGAUGUCGCAGCUAGUUCAUACUGUCUCAUUUGAGACCAAGUCAAUGUAAUCUACUCGUAAGGUGGAUCUGGUGUUACGUGGUCCAUAGGCGCACUUGAAGGACUGCAGAACUCCAGCAGGCAGCAACAUCAGUUUGGGAGGUGAGGUCGUCCCUCCCUAGUCGAACGUUAGACAGAUUGUUGUGGACCAGAACUCACGUUUUGGCAGAGCGAUUGUAGACCCUGAUCAUUAUGGUUUUUGACGCUAUACCGUCUGGGUCAUUUAUUCGUCGCAGGCACUCGCAAUGGAUGCAGUCGAACGCUGCCACAAAGUAAAGAGUGUGAACCACCGUCGCUUGAUGGUGGCCUUGGCGUAGUUCAAGAAUGCGCCAUCGCGUAAAUAUCCGCCCAGUGCGUCCGCAUCUAGCUCGAAACCCGGCCCAGUCCGGUCUCAUCUGCUGGUCACGAACGCGUAUAACGUCCGAGAAUGAUAAUAACAUUGAGGUUUACGUGGUUGCCGUCAGUAUUUCAAUGAUGGUUCUUUAAAGGAAGAACUGCAUCAGCUGAAGAGUCUGUGGAAGAGAAGGGUGGCGAUGGGUUCGUUAUCGCCAUCGAGGAGGUUCUCCAGACGCAUGUACCAGUGCUCCGCCCUGACCGAGUCGUCAGUAGUAAAGUCGCCACUCACAUCGCGAGCAUAGUCACUCAGUGCAGAGGCCCCAGAGCCAACUUUACGAACAAGCUGGUAGAAAUUUCGGGUGUCACCGACAUUUGAACCUGCUCAUGGAGGUGGUCACUUCGAUCAUUUAUAACCGACAUUGUCAUCAGUAUGAUAUUACCGACAAAGACAAGGGAGACUGGAAUGGUCAUUUCUGGCUUAUUAGCCGUCGUCAGCCAGUCAUACCCAAGCCCGAAGUGUGGAACACCCGAGCCUCGAACUCGCGACCUGUUCGUUUAGAAGUCAACGCCUCUACUCACCGGGCCACGAGCCCGUUGCCCUGUCGGUUUUCGAUCGGGAAUAUACAAUCGGUGAGCGCCCCCUAACAUUGUAUAUUCCCGAUCGAAAACUGACAGGGCAACGGGCUCGUGGCCCGGUGGGUAGAGGCGUGGACUUCUAAACCAACAGGUCGCGAGUUCGAGGCUCGGGUGUUCCACACUUCGGGCUUGGGUAUGGCUGGCUGACGACGGCUAAUAAGCCAGAAAUGGCCAUUCCAGUCUCCCUUGUCUUUGUCGGUAAUAUCAUUCUGCCUAUAUAUCAUGUGCCGCUGUGCGGCUGCUGGUUGGGCUCGAGAGAGAGCCCUUAAGGCACAACCGAACGAGUGAGUUCCGUAUGAACGAUCGGUGAGUGCCCCCUAACAUUGUCAUCAGUGGAGUGCGCAGAGGGAAUUCUUGUUGUGGAAUAUAACCCGAGCUGUCUGAGAAGACAGCUGUAAAGUCCUGGAUCUAAUCGGAUAAAUGUGACGCCUCUGUUGAAGCCAAGAACACUUGGCUGCUUUGCCGUCCAAAUGGGGCCUCAGUGAUGAUCGUUCGCCGCUGCUUUCCGCCUCAACCCCGAUUACAAAACGAGACCGCAUCUCUGUUCUCAAAGCCUCGGCCUUACUGGGUUGUCGUAAAUUUUCUGCAUUAAGGUACCCUUCAUGUGACGAUCUAUGCGCGUACAAGAAGUGAACUUUUAGGUGUGUGCGAACGAAACCAUCGUCCGACCCGUAAGCGUUUUCAGUUUUUACAUGUCCACCCGCUUACCUUAACCGAACUAAAAAAGACUCGUAUCGACUGUAAUAUUGUCAUUUAGGCUGCUCAUACGAAUAUCGUUCGAAUCCCUGUCAACAGGUUUUUUCUACGAUGUUCGAAGUACUUUUUGGUGCCAAUUAGUUGAUUCCGGUCAAUGUUGCUUUUGCUGCAUUUCCUGACGGACAUAUGUUUCCCUUUGAUUAUGUUCCCUUUUCUUGUUAUUUAAGGCGAAUUUGGUCAAAUGGCUGGCUCGGAAUACACAGCUCGGAGAUGACCUCGCUACUAAGAGGGCCGAUUUAG